UUUCAUUUCUCUCGAUUCUUCUUCCUUCGAAAUAGGUUUAGAGUGUUGCUGCGGUGAUUUGGGAAGAUCUGUUAACAGUUUGCAUGUAGGAUUUGAGAAUCUGGUGCUUUGAGAGAUCGAAGAAGAAAGAAGAGCAGAUGAAGAUGUUUCUGAAUCUGUUGUAAAGAAGAAGUUGAUGAUUAAAUUAGGAAUUUUACAAAGUUAGGGUUCGAGAAUAAAUUGAGGAUUUUCUCGAUUUGGAGUUUGCUGUUGGAGUUUGAUUAAACCUAACCUUCAAUCUUCUUUAACUUCAGUCCAAUCUCUAUUCACAAAGUUACUCAAUCAUCGACGGAGGUCGAAUUGAUGUUUGAGAUAACAGUGUCAAAAUUGGGGGUUUUAAUUUUUCUUCUCCAGCUUGAUUCACCAGAAGAAAAACUGCAGUUUGGUAUUAAUACGUAGGAUAGAUUCUUAUUUGGACUCAAACGUAAAAGAAUAAUCUGAAAGCUCGGUUGUUCAUAUCACUAGCGAUAGCUAUGGCACUCUCAGUUCUACAUUACUUUGGAAUUCUUUAAUUUUAUAUUGAAGACAUCUUUGCAGGUUUUAAUUUUGAUUGUUGAACUUUAAGAGUGCUCAUAUAUCAUAGCAUCUAUCGUAUUUGUUAUAUGCAGUCUAAUAUUUGCACUUCCACAAGUGUAUACAGUGAAGUAGCACGCCAAUCCAUGAAUUCUAACACAGUCUAUAGUGUAUCUCAGGGUGGAAUUGUCGUGGAACGUAGUAGUGUCUGCCAAGUUGGUCUAAAAAGGAAGUGAGGAAAUGCAGAGUAGAACGUAGUAGUUCUUCGGUCGGCCCACCCACCGUGGCAACGGUUAUGCUAGUUACCUCUUACAUCCCAAAUCCAACAAAACCUCCACUUCCAAUAUUCAGAAAAGGUUUUGAGUUGGAGACAGAAAAACUGUUAGCUUUCAUGGCGGCAAGGGCUUCUAGGAAUUUUAUUAAAGAUUUAUUAUAUCAAAAUGCAAAGAUUGGAGCUCUUGGUGGUGGUGGAGGAGGAUUAGGAGCUGUUAGACAUUCAAGUUCUGUUCCUAAAAUUCGUCCCAAAAUUCCUCAGUUAUCAAAGAAAGGAAGAAUCUUUACAGCAGCCUUUUUAGGCAUAGUUAUUUCUGGAGGGGCUUAUGCGAGUACUGUGGAUGAGGCAACUUUCUGUGGGUGGCUAUUUUCAGCAACAAAGCUUGUGAAUCCAUUCUUUGCCUACCUCGAUGCUGAGACUGCUCAUCGUUUAGCUGUUGCAGCAGCAGCUCGUGGUUGGGUCCCAAGAGAGAAGAGGCCGGACCCAUCCAUAUUGGGGAUGGAUGUGUGGGGUCGGAGGUUUUCGAAUCCGAUAGGUCUUUCUGCUGGUUUUGAUAAGAACGCCGAGGCAGUUGAAGGUUUAUUAGGGAUGGGUUUUGGAUUCGUAGAGAUUGGCUCUGUAACUCCUGCUCCGCAGGAUGGUAAUCCAAAGCCUCGAAUUUUUAGACUGCGAGAGGAAGGAGCUAUUAUAAAUAGGUGUGGAUUUAAUAGUGAAGGCAUUGUUGCUGUUGCAAAGAGAUUGGGUGCUCAGCAUGGUAAAAGGAAGCUGGCUGAAACUUCAAGCACUGCACCCGUGUCCAGUGACGAAGUCCCUCAUGGAGGAAAAGCAGGUCCUGGCAUUUUGGGUGUCAAUCUUGGCAAGAAUAAGACUAGUGAAGAUGCUGCUGCGGACUAUGUUCAAGGAGUUCACACAUUGUCUCAGUACGCCGAUUACUUGGUUAUCAACAUUUCAUCACCAAACACUCCAGGGUUGCGUAAGCUUCAAGGACGAAAACAACUUAAGGAUCUUGUUAAAAAGGUUCAAGCUGCUCGCGACGAAAUGCAAUGGGGUGAGGAAGGCCCUCCUCCACUGCUUGUGAAAAUUGCUCCAGACUUGUCCAAGCUAGAUCUUGAAGAUAUUGCAGCGGUUGCUUUGACACUCCGCUUGGAUGGAUUGAUCAUAACUAAUACAACCAUUGCAAGACCAGAUCCAGCUAGUAAGAACCCAGUUUCUGAAGAAACUGGUGGUUUAAGUGGGAAACCUCUAUUUAACCUGUCAACCAACGUGCUCAAGGACAUGUAUCUUUUGACAAGGGGAAAGAUUCCUCUUAUUGGUUGUGGGGGAAUUAGCAAUGGCGAGGAUGCAUAUAAGAAGAUACGUGCUGGAGCAUCUCUAGUUCAGCUUUACACAGCUUUUGCCUACGAGGGACCUGCUCUCAUUCCCCAAAUGAAGGUUGAAUUGGCAGAGUGCUUAGAAAGGGAUGGAUUCAAGUCAAUCGCAGAAGCUAUUGGUGCAGAUUACAGGUAGUUCUGUAUCUUAGGAGAACUAGACAGAAGAGCUUGUCCCUUUUUGAACAAUUCAAGGGCCAACACCCCAUAAAUAUAUACCAAUACAACAUGAAUUGGAUUUCAAAAAUCUUUUGGUAGUCCUUUCUUAAAUUUAGGUUUUUUGCUAAAUUGUCAUUCACCUUCGGUAUAGUUCUUAUAUUUCCUUCUCAAUGUAGUGACAAAAUUUUGACAUCCUUCUGGGAUUCUGAGAUGUACAAACCCGAGUGGCUUCAAAAUGAUUUUUCUCUUGUAAAUUAUUACAUUUACCCCGCGGACCGUUCUGUUGUGCAAACGCCUGGAAGUUUCCUUUUUAAACUUAUAAACGAGCACAUAUGUUUCAGUCU